UCAUCGGGGGCGUCCCUGCUGAAACCACACUCAUCUUUCGCUCUCUUACCUUCCCUUUCACACACACGCCUAGCCUCACAGUUACACACGCGCACACACACACACACAGCUGCCAACAUGUGCCUUUCAGCAGCUUUCCUCCUGCUGACCCUGUGCGGUCCUUCUUUUGGUCAGUAUCUGUCCAGGUUCAACAUGGCCGGAAUCACCGGUUCGGUCCAGUUUGACUCGGUACAACAGACAGCCGCCGUAAACCUCAGUGGCCCAAACAUAGAAACUUGUGGCUCCUUCAAUUUGACGCUCACAGAGUUUCCAGUGAUGUACGGCCACGUAGCCCAGCCUUGUGAGAAAGCCCACAUAGGAGAGCGUGUGUUCAUGUUGUCUGUUAACAGUUCUGUUUCUGUAGUUAACAUUUCCCAACUGCUCCAGCAAAUUCCCAACCUGGAAGCACGCUCUUUAUUGGUGGAAUCAUGUAAUGGCAUCAAGGCCUGUGCAGGGGUCAUAGCAGAGUCAAAGGUCAUCACUUGGCAGGCUCGGUUCUUUAGUGUCGUGGCUGGGAAUAUCUACCUCCGGCAGGUAUUAGGGCAACCGAACGGCACACUUCUCUCUAACCUGGUCAGUCUGAAUCAGAAUAACUCCUCUUUUUCUAACAUGAGUAUUUUUCUAUCUCGGAGCUCUGCUGCUAGCUGUGAAGCGUUGCUGGGCAGCCUGAACCCAAACAGUCUGAUAAAGUCGGGCCAGCUGAUGGUAGGCAAUCCUCUCGAACCUGUCAAGUCCCGAUUAGAGAUCCCAUCUCUUGAUGCUGGAUUUCGCUUCGCUCUCUUCAAACCCAGCGCAGAGUAUACGUGUUCUGAGAUCCGUCUUUUAGAACCGAAGCACGUCAGUGCUCUGAUAGACAUGAGAGGGGUGAAAGGUAACAUCAUCUUUCACCAGUCAUCUCCCUUUGACCUUACAACACUUUCUCUGAACCUCACCAACCUAAACAGAAGGGUUGGGCCAUACCACGUUCAUCUGUUUCCCACCCCACAGAUGAGGUCACCCCCUGAGAGCACCUGCAGCAAUGAUAAUGUUGGGGGCCACUGGAAUCCUUUUGAUGUGAACACUCAGCCACCUGUGUAUCCCCCAGCCCCUGGCUCAACCCAUGACUACUACGAAACUGGUGACCUCAGUUCCAGACAUGGAUUGUUAAGUAAUGCAGACGACAUCCAGGCAAGUUUCACAGACUGGAAUCUGCCCCUCUUUGGACAGAACAGCAUUGUCGGCCGUUCUGUGGUUCUGCAUCAGCCUGACGGUACAAGGUUUCUCUGCUCAAGCAUCGGCUAUCCUGGGGAAGUGGUCACAGCCAGGGCCAUCUUCCAGAGCCCAGUGGUGGGGACUAUCCUGUUCACCCAAUUGAAAGAAAACCCUUACUCAGAUGUCUCAGUGUUCCUGGACUUGUCCUACGGAAGACCAAAUACUCCUGCAACUCAGAAACACCACUGGCACAUUCAUAAAUACCCCAUCAGCACAGAGACAGACAAUGAUGAGGGUUGCUGUUUGUCCACUGGGGGACACUGGAACCCUUACAAUAUUAACACUAGCGUAAGUAGCUAUAAUGUAAACUGUAGACCGGAAUGUCCUUUUGCCUGUGAGAUCGGAGACCUGUCCAGCAAACACAAGAUGCUGAAUUUGUCAGCAAAUGUGGGGAAACUACCUAGCAAGAAUUUCUUCACAGACACUACAGCCUGGGUGUCUGGACUAAGCAGCAUGAUUGGUCGAUCGGUAGUGAUCCACGGCCCCAAUGAGACUACCCCUCGCAUUGCCUGUGCCAACAUCACACUCCUGCGCUUCCCCUCGUGUCAAACUGGAUCCUGGCAUGGGUCAGGGACAUCUGGGGGAAAUGUCAACUUUUUCCAGCUCUCUCCCCAGGGUCCGACAAACAUCCAUGUCUCUCUGACUAAUUUGGAGGCCAAAGCUGGCGGAUAUCAUGUCCAUCUACUCCCAGUAACGAGUGGAGCAGAGGCGUGCUCCAACGAGAAUGUCAUGGGCCAUUUCAACCCAUAUGGCGUGAAUAUCUCGACGUCUCCAUCACCAGGGAAUGGCACAGUGGAUCAGUAUGAGAUUGGCGAUAUCAGCGGGAAGUUUGGGAGUCUAGCUGAUCAGAACCAAUUUGAGAACCAUUACAAGGACAGUAACAUGCCACUGAGUGGACCCAACAGUAUCAUAGGACGGUCGCUGGUUAUACACUACAGGAAUGGAUCAAGGAUGCAGUGCGCUGACAUCACAGCUAUGAACUCUGACGGGUACUGGAUCAUCGCCAGGGCCAUAUUCAACAGCAGUGUGAAGGGCAAAGUAAUCUUGUCCCAGCAGAGUUUUCCUGACGGCAGCUUCAGUGAUGUGACCCUGCUGGUGGAUCUCAGAGAGUCUAACACUGUUAACGUCACAAACGCUUCCUGGUACAUAACUGAAAGUCUUGUCAAUGGAACGGUGGCUGGAUGUCCGGGAAAUGGAGUGAUUUAUAACCCUUACAACAUGUCAGCUCAGAGCUCUAACUGUGCCCCGCUCACCUACUUGGCUUGCGAGGUUGGAGAUCUGACCAGCAGACACGGUUCUGUCAGUUUAACACAAAGGCAGCUCUUCACUGAUGCAAAUCUUCAGCUGGCUGGAGAUUACACAGUUAUUUAUAGAUCGCUGGUCCUGAAGGUAGGGAACAAGACCAUCGACUGUGCGGACAUCGUCCCUGGGUCACUGUCGGCACAGCAGAUGUUCCCGAGCAUGACAAAAUUCAGCAGAUACGAUUUCCGGAAAAGAGUGGCGGACGUGCUGGGGGUCCCAAUGUCCCGGGUGUCCAUCUUACCCGGCUCCUUCUCAACCAUGGAAGGAGGGAAGUGCCAGCAAGUCACCUUUCUCGUGUCAGGUGACAUGAGCCUGCAGAAGCUGUCUGCUGUGAAGGACAGCGAGAUGAUGGGCAUGUACAAGCAGAAUGAACUGUGUGUGAAAAGUGGCGUUGCAGGAUUUCUCACCUCACACUGUGGAACCGUCCACGUCUUCACCCUGACCAUCAUUUACCUCCUGCACUCUCUGCUUGUGCGCUGGACGUCUCAGUGACAUCAACAGUGCUGAAUUUCCUCCUGGAGAUCUUCUGCAGCUGUGUGAAGCCUGCUUAAAGCUCCAAGACUUAGUGUGGAUGAACUGUCUCGAGGUGGAAGAGCUCAAAUCACUCGGAAUCAACGGCUGUAAAAUAAUACUCCGAUGAAAUAAACGGUUGUUUUUAUGGUUCUUUGUUUUACUUCCGUAGAAUUUGAACCUGCUUAUACUGUUUCCUGAUUUGCCGUCAUGUCUAGUUGCUGAUGUGUGUAUGAGUUAAUGUUUGCGUGUAUUUGUACCAUUCACCACUGUAUAUAUUGCAUAUCCCCAAAUCCUAAUAUGCUUUGUUGCACUUAUUUGUGAUUUGAAUGAUUGACAUGACUGUGUACUGAAUCCAGUAGAAUCUGAUUUUAACGUGCUUUGGAUGAGCUGUGCAGUUUCUGUGUAGCUAAAAUCAAUUAAAUCCGUCCUGAAAUCUGUCUAAUUCAGCAUUUUUACGUAUAUACACUUAUCAACAUAUAUGAUAUGUACAAUCCAUUUUGGACAACAAAAUCGCCAUGGUGCAUCAAAAUGCCCUCUAGGAUGACCUUCCAGAGGAGAACAUGAUGAAAUGCCCCCUAGGGUGCUGCAACAAAUUGACAGAGAUUAAUUCAAAAAUAAUAACAACAAUUUAAUAUUUCAUAUCUAUAUCUAUGUUACAGCUACGAAGAAACCCGGAAAUUUUUGUGAUUUCUCUCUAAUGAGGGAAAAAAAGGAAGAAUUGUGGGCGGGGCUAAUCGGGUGUAAAAUGUGCAUAAAUGUCGUACCCCUGGAUUAAACACACUUUACA